AUGAGAUCACUAAGAUAAACAAGAUCUCAAGCUUGCUUAGUUUAAGCCUUGACCUCGACGACAACGCCCUUUGCUGCCUUACCAAGUGGCAAUCUCACCAGCAUCUAGGGAACGAUGCCGGCGCCCGGUCAGGGUGGUUCAUGAUGUAAUUUAUAUAUAUAAGUGCGUGUGUGUGUGUGUGUAUAUUAUGCACAUUUUCCACAUAUAUUAUGUUCAUUAUUGCCAUGCCUAUCAUAUAGUACAAAUGAUUUAUUUAAGUGAUAUCAUAUAAUGCAAGUUGAAUGCCUGUGUGAUAUAAAAUGAGCCACCUAAAUUUGUUUGAGUGAGAGACCCCCUUUUACCAUUGGCUAGAAACAGACUUCUUCUUCUUCUUCUUCUUCUUCUUCUUCUUCUAGAGAUGGGAAAUUGCCAGGCGGUUGAUGCUGCCGCUUUGGUGAUACAACAUCCUGAUGGGAAGAUAGAGAGGAUGUACUGGGCAGUGAGUGCUAGUGAGGUGAUGAAGAUGAAUCCUGGCCACUAUGUUUCUCUCAUAAUACCAUUGCCAGUUUCCGGGGAGGAGAGUGCAGACGAGAAGACGGUUCGAUUCACCCGCGUCAAGCUUCUCAGGCCAAGCGACACUCUUGUUCUUGGCAGGGCUUACAGACUAGUCACAUCUCAAGAGGUUAUGAAGGUGUUGAGAGCUAAGAAGUAUGCAAAAAUGAAGAAGAACCAGGCUGAUCACUCAGGCGAAGAAAUGGAUCCAGAGAAGCAGCCUGUGGCCGGAGAAGCAGGGAAGUCUCCGUUGGAGAAAGCCAGCCAGUCGGCUUACAAUCAAUCAUGCUGGAAACUUGCAGCCAAUCAGAGAUGUGAGGCACCGGCAGAGGCCAGGAUCCACAAAUUUGGCUGCACUGAGGUCGAAAUCAUGGCGGCCUUCUUUGCAGAGUAUUUCUGAGAGUACAAGCUAAUGGUGGCUUAGAAAACCUGGUAACAGAAACAGGGAAUCCAUGUUCUAUGGGAGUGGCUGUUCUAAUCAAUAUCAAUACCCAUCUGUAUAGCUAAAAGAGCAAUGGUCAAUGGAUAACAACACUUUUUUCUCUCAUUUUAGCAAGAUCCAUCCCAUUAGUGCAAUUUUUUUGAUGCUUGUCAAGUAUGAUGUGAAAGCUCCUCCUCCAUGCUAUAUAUGAUUUCCAAUCCUGCUCAAGAUCAUUUCUUU